GUGUCGUGUUAAGGUCACACGGUGGCUGCCUGAAUUCCCCUCUUUGUGUUUACACAUCCGGGUUUCCCUGUUUGCAGCCCAUUCCCCAUUUAGAAGCCAUUUUGGACACAGAUCAGUAACAUGCAUGUAAACCCCGACCGACCUCCCGAUGCAGCGGUGCUACUAUUCAAGUGAAUAACCUCAAAAAGAGCGCUGGGCUUUCGUCUCGGAUGGUUUAGCGGCUUCCCAGUCGGUUUUUGGAUCCACUUCCGACGCGAAAUGCUGCACCUAUGAGCGGGCUGAGCAGUCUGGCAGUCAGUUAAUCGCUCCUAUCUUUUCUUGCAACAUUGUUGCGGCGUCGCGGCUAUUGACACGCGCUGUGGUGGUGGUGGUGGUGGUGGUUAGGCUGCUGGAGGGACCGGAGGCCUGUGGUCGUUUUGAUCCUUGGACUGAUGUUUUGGACAAGCUGAGUUUUAAUGUUCGCGACGGAAAGCCGGGGAAAUAUCUGUCCUGUAUUUAAAACGGAACAUGUCUUUUUCAUGGCUGACUUGUUCACUUCUUCUGGGAACUUUGUGCGCAGGGUACAGUCUGGGCGAAGCAGAGACCCGGGAGUGUGUGUACUACAAUGAUAACUGGCGCACGGAGAGGACCAACCAGAGCGGCUUCGAGCGCUGUGAGGGGGAAAAGGACAAGCGACUGCACUGUUAUGCCUCCUGGCUCAACUCCUCAGGGACCAUCAAGCUGGUGAAGAAAGGCUGCUGGCUGGACGACUUCAACUGCUAUGACAGGCAAGAGUGUGUCUCCAUGGAGGAAAACCCUCAGGUCUUCUUCUGCUGCUGCGAGGGCAACUACUGCAAUGAACGAUUCACCCACCUUCCUGACAUGAUUGGCAGUGGCAACCGAGUGAAAAUCCGGCCUCCACCCCGAGUGCCGUCCCUGCUAAACGUGCUCGUGUACUCCCUGCUGCCUCUCUGUGUGCUGUCCCUGGCCCUUGUCCUGGCCUUGUGGAUGUACCGCCACCGCAAACCUCCCUACGGCCAUGUAGACCUGAGCGAGGAUCCUGGACCAGCUCCUCCUUCCCCCUUGGUGGGUCUGAAACCACUGCAGCUGCUGGAAAUCAAAGCCAGGGGGCGCUUUGGUUGUGUUUGGAAGGCCCAGUUGAUGAGUGAAUAUGUUGCUGUUAAGAUCUUCCCUGUUCAGGACAAGCAGUCGUGGCAAAAUGAACGGGACAUAUUCCUGACUCCGGGGAUGCGACAUGAGAACCUCUUGCGUUACAUCGCUGCAGAGAAGCACGGCACCAACCUGGAGACUGAGCUGUGGCUCAUCACAGAGUUUCAUGAGAGGGGCUCCUUGACAGACCACCUGAAGGGUAACACUGUGACCUGGACUGAGCUGUGUCACAUAGCAGAGACCAUGUCCCGCGGUUUGGCUUACCUCCAUGAGGACAUUCCCAGCUACAAGGGAGAGGGGCCCAAACCCACCAUUGCACACAGGGACUUCAAGAGCAAGAAUGUGAUGCUGCGAGACGAUCUGACCGCAGUCGUCGGAGACUUUGGGCUCGCUGUGCGAUUUGAACCAGGAAAACCUCCAGGAGAUACUCACGGCCAGGUGGGUACGAGGCGCUACAUGGCUCCAGAAGUGCUGGAGGGAGCCAUCAACUUCCAACGAGACUCCUUCCUGAGGAUAGACAUGUAUGCUAUGGGCUUGGUGCUGUGGGAGCUGGUGUCCCGCUGCACAGAGACAGACGGUACAGUUUGCGAGUACAUGCUGCCGUUUGAGGAUGAAAUAGGCCAGCAUCCCUCCCUGGAGGAUCUGCAGGAUGUGGUUGUGCACAAGAAGAUGCGUCCAGCCAUCAAGGACUGCUGGCUCAAACAUCCUGGUUUGAGCCAGAUGUGCGAGACCAUCGAAGAAUGCUGGGACCACGACGCAGAGGCGCGAUUGUCCGCCGGCUGCGUCGAGGAGCGCAUCGCCCAGAUCUCCAGGACGAUCAGCAGCACUACCUCAGACAGCCCCGUCUGCAUUGUGACGUCUCUCACCAACGAGGACCUACCUCCCAAAGAGUCCAGCACCUGAAUGGGUGACACCAUCUUUCACCCUGAGCUCCUGACUUUUUAUUUUUUGAAAUCCAAACUCAGCAGAUCUCCGUGAAUAUUUAAAAACAUAAAAAACAACAACAACAACAACAACAACAACAACAACAACUAGCAACUUGAAUGCAGCUGCUAUUUUAUCCCAAUACUGGUAUGUUUUUUUUGUUUUUCUUUUCUUCAGUUUUUGGUGUUAAAAGUCGGAUCUUACUAACACAUCCAUCUGCUGUAGUUUGAAGUAGUAGUAAGUUAUGCGAUGGGCACAUCUGAUAACACCCAUGUGUCAAAUCUUAAAUGUCGUCAUUACCUCAUGUAUUUCUUUUGUGUUAGUCUAUUUUUAUUACCUCAUGAGUUGUUAUCUUUGUCGUUUUCCUGUCUUGGUCAUGAUCGUCUGCGGCCAAAUGAAACGAACCUUUUGCUCCAAACCUCGGACGACGCGCUGCACACCUCGGAGGAACCGUUUUGAGACUGUUAGACAAAAUAUAUUCAUCUUCCUCAGGGGUCGAAGCUUCUCGAUUUUUACAACUCGAGUGUGCUCCCUUAUUUUAAACCUGUGAAUGCCUCAGAAUGAAAGGAAAAUAAAAGAAGAUCAAACCAAGUCGGAGCACAGCUGUUUUAUCGCAAGGGAGGAGCUUAAAAAACGGGAGCUGAGCAGUUGUAUUGGACAUUUUGGACUUUUUGAAGAUUUGGGACAAGCGUCUUGUCCCUGGGGAACUACCUCUCAGGUAUCCAGUAGGCUUCUUUGGAACAUUUUCUCUAAUUUGAGAGCCAAGCUAUCCAGCUAGCUAUCAUGGACAUAUUCCUGGAUUUUAUUUUGUUUUUUAAUUGUAGAAAUUCAGAGUUACUCCUUUGCCAGUGCCAGGGGCAUUGACGGAUGCUGUCUGGAGUUGCAAUGUUACACAUUCUUGAUUUUAACUGUCUGCGUGAGUGAGCGAACGUGUGUGCGCGCGUGCGUGUGAGAGAAUUUGAAGACUAAAUGAUGUGCGAUGGAUAGAGCGUGUUUUUAAAGUAAGAACCAUGGACAGAUAGUUGGGGUUUAUCCUUGCGAGGGCCAUACUUGAGUAAGCAACAUGUCUGUUUUUAAUUUUCAUGGGUGUUUGUUCAAUAGACUCAGUCGGACACCAGUCCCCAGAUACCUCAGUCACUGUACAUCAUGCAAGGAGAGCUCAAAUGGUUGCCUUUGUCUCAAAUGCAAUGCCAUAGUUGUACCAUAACAUGAAUACCAUACAUUGAAUGUCCGUUAUGCUGCUGUGACUAUUCCAGGAUACUCAAGGAUUUGUAGAUGUACAUGUAUUCUUUGUUAAUAUAACGCUAAUGAUAUUAUGUGAGGCUAAUAUUCUGUUUUUGUGUUUGUUGACUGGGUAAGCCCUCAGCUGCUUACUCCUCCAGACUGACCUCAGAUAUUCUGACAAGUACCUCAGGCUUUUUCUACAUGUAUAUCAAGUUGUGUUUAUGUAUUUUAUUGUGUUUUAGUAGUUGAUAUAUUUUAUUGUCGGUCGGGCCUCUUUGUCUGUGGAGAUUUUUUUAAAAAUAGAGCCUGACCAGUCGUCACGGUGUUAAUGCUGUACAAACGGAAAAAGAAGAGAGGCAGAUUCUUGUAAAUAGACCUGUACACACAGUUGCCGAACACUGAUCUGUUUUUUAAAAAUACGAAAAUCAGGGCAUUAUCGUUCUCAUUUUCACAGAAACGGAAAGGGAUUCCUCAGUUCCACUAAAACAUAUUUAAAGGUUGUUUUGACAACUAGCCCUGUGAUUUUUUUUUUGUUUUUAAAUAUAUAUAUAUAUACAGUAUAUAUAUGAUUUUUUUUCAAGAGUGGUGGUUGUGUUACUGAUUUCUAUGAAUAACGGUAUCAGUUCCUCUGAAUCAGAAGCUGUGUAGGUAGCACUCGCAUUAGAAAGCUUAGUGUGUGUAUCAUUGAAAUACAGACAAAAAAAAAAGAAAAACAAAUGAAAAAAAAAAAAAAUCCCUGAUGGUUUUGGUGCUGGCGGCUUCUGUGAUUGGCCACUUGCUGGAGAUGCCAGUUUGAACAGUAUUACCUCAAUAUUAACCCGCUGAUGUGAUGUUCAGAUCCGAGCCCUGUUCUUCGUACGUGGAUGACUGAAUUAUCCAGGUUAGAGUGUUAAUUUGAAGCAAGUCUGGAUUUUUUUUUUUUGGUUCUUUAAAGGUGUUGUCAUAGCAACCCUUAAGAUAAGCUUCCUGACAGUUAGCUGGAUCAUAACCAAGACAUUUUGGGACGAAACCCACAUGUAUGAAAUGAUUUUCUUAGAUUUAUAAUGACAGAGGGUCGAUGAGAAUGUGCAUGUUCUCGUAAAAUUACUAUAAUCUGUUGGUGUAAUUAUCACAAGUGGAUUUUUUAAAUGAAGAUAACCUGUACUUAAACAUAAUAAAAUGUACAACACAGAAAGUUUGUACACUAAAAAAACAGCCAAGCCAAAUUUAGCUUGGGAAACUAAUCAGAAAGAGAAACUUUAACAUUCUGAUUGUUAAAAGACCAGUGGAGUCCGAACAUACGGCAUUUAAUUUGACAUGAAAAUGGACAUUUAUGCAUUUGAAAACUAAUUAAAUGAUUAAUUGCAGAGCCCACUUUGUUGAAAAUUGCUCAUGCAAUUAAAGCAGCUUUUUAGAUUUACUUAGUAAAACGUCCUUUUCACGGCAGACUUGCAGAUGCAUGAAUGUCAAUUGGCGAGCACUUAUGAUGCACCAGCAUCACUUGUAAUCUCACUACAUUUACUUGUAAUAUCUUAGUGUUUAAGAGUGAUCAAAGUGUGGACAAGUACAGCAAGUACAAGGAAAUCAUAUAAGAUGAGACUUAUGCAGCAGUGCAUGCUGGUAGGGUUUCUAACACGCCUACCUCGUGUAACCGUAAUCCCAUGAUCGUGUGAUCGCUGAUCAUGGUUUCAACUCAUUUUGCCUUCAUUUCAAAAGGUGCUCACACUGUUUUUUGAGAGAACUCAAUCCAGGAUCAACAAAUCCACCUUCAAACUGCUUUCAAAGAACCAAAAAAAAAAAACUGUAAAGCCGUGUUAUUUAGCCUCAUGUUAGCCUGACUUACUUAAGCCACGUGUGAAGAACAGGGCUCUGUUUGGUGAUAGUUAAACCGUGCUGGACAACACACAGGCUCAUCUGUUGUGCUUUGAUUAGUGCUGUGGAAAGAUGGUGAUUUUAACAGUGGUCUGUAACGCUUGCUCCUGUGCAGUUUUGGUUAAGAACGUGUGGGAGAAAAAAAAAAAAAGAAACAUCAAUCCAUACAGAAUAAUGUUUUCAGUGUUUUGGAGAUCAUCAAUGUGUCUACAACUACAUGACUGAUAAUGCAGCCCCAUUGGGAUUCAUGUAAAACAGUGGCAUGUGCGUGGUCCAAGAGUCCAGCAAUAUUUAUUAUACAGCAAUAGUCACUUGAAUAUCAUAGUUUAAGUAGUUAAACUCAGCUGUGACUUAGCAGGUUUCCUCUGCGGAUCAAUAAAGUACAUCUCAUCACACCUGGAUCAUGUUCUGAUGAGGACACGUGUUCCCAAAAAAAAAAAAAAAAAAAAGAAACCCAGAUAGAAGACAAUGCUGUGGGUUGAAUUUUUUUGUGUGUGAGCUGAACGUGACCCAGGUGCUUUCACGUAUUGUGCCAGAAAAACCAACGCAUUGCGAAGGCAAAAUCUGCCGCGAGCGUUCGUUACCUCCAAAAUGCUGUCUUACACCCAGCUCUUCUGAACAGAAAAACCAGUUACCUCAUGCAGUACCUCGUUAGUAACACUAACAUGGAGUCGGUCUCAUCUUCAAGAAAAAAAAAAAAAAAAGGAAAAAAAUAUCAAUUAUUGUGUAUAUAUUUACUUGACAAAUGUAAAGGGUUUCUUCCUUUUCAUGUGUGAAUCUUGUGAAAGCAAAAUCCUUUUUUCUUUUUGAUUUACAGUUGACAUAUUGUUCAUUUGUCAUUGUCUUGAGUGGAUGUUGGAACCGUGUGACCUUCCCUGUUUAUGUGAACUGUGUGUGUGCGGUGUGCGUGUGCCUGUAUGUUGGUUUGUUUCACUAAAACAGUACGAAUGGUGACUUUAUCUGUGAGUUGAAAUGCUUAGAAAUAUAAACUAGAUGAGAAUACAUCCAUCUUUUUGUAUAUUGAAAUAAAGACAAACACUGAUUAA